CCAUCCCUGGCAGCAACCAGCUGUUGCACUUACCAUGCUCUAAAAUUGUGUUAAAAUCAGUUUUGUUUGUGUUUACACUUGGAAUUUGCAAAGAGAACGGCGGAACGUGCUAACUAAAGGCCAAAAGCUGCAUCGGGUUACAAUUCCAUUGAAAUGGUCAACAAGGACGCGGACCAGGGUGAGGCAACGGAGCGGCUGUCCUGCAAGCUGAAAGGCUACGACUUCUACCGCUCGACGCUGGGAUCCCCGCGCUAUGUGGUGGCACCCAUGGUGGACCAGAGUGAGCUGGCCUGGCGGAUGCUGUGCCGCCGAUACGGAGCCCAGCUCUGCUACUCGCCCAUGUUCCAUGCCAACCUGUUCGCCACGGAUCCCAAGUACCGGAAGGAUGCCCUGCAGACAUGUGCCGCCGACAGGCCUUUGAUCAUUCAGUUCUGUGGCAACGAUGCCGAGCAGAUCCUGGAGGCGGCGCUGGCGGCACAGGAUCACUGCGAUGCGGUGGACAUUAAUCUGGGCUGUCCCCAGGCCAUUGCCAAGAGAGGUCACUACGGUUCCUUUCUGCAGGACGAGUGGGAGCUGCUGACGGAGAUUGUGAAAACAUUGCACGCCAAGCUCUCCAUACCCGUGACCUGCAAGAUCCGCAUCUUCGAGGACCGCGACAAGACGAUCCGCUAUGCCAAGAUGCUGGAGGCGGCCGGCUGUCAGCUCCUCACGGUCCACGGUCGUACAAGGGAGCAGAAGGGACCACUGACUGGUGUGGCGGACUGGAGUUACAUAAGGGACGUGCGGCAGCAUAUCAAGAUCCCCAUGUUUGCCAACGGCAACAUCCUGAACCUGGAGGACGUGCACCGUUGCCUGGAGGCAACGGGCGUCGACGGCGUAAUGAGCGCCGAGGGGAAUCUGCACAAUCCGGCUAUUUUCCAGGGAAUCGCCCCGCCAGUCUGGCAGAUGGCGAAGGAGUACUUGGAGCUGGUGGAACUCUAUCCCUGCCCCAGCUCCUAUAUUCGGGGACAUCUCUUUAAGCUCUUCCACCACCUUAUGAACAUCAGCCAGAACUCGGAGCUGCGGGAGACCCUGGCCACUGCCAAUCAGCUGAAGCAAUUCCAAACUGUCGUGGAAGCGGUGAAAGCGAAGUACGAGCCCUAUCAAAGAGGCGAAAUACCCUACGAGCCCGAAGCUAUGGAUGUCAACAUCAGCGCGGGAUCCGACGAAGAUCGUCUGCGCUUGGAGCCGUGGCUGUGCCAGCCCUAUAUCCGUGCCUCACCCGAAUCCCAUCGCCAGAAGAUUGCCGAAAAGGAGCGCGCCGCCGAGGACCCCAAUCGGACCAAGCGGCAGUUCUUCGACAAGGAUGGCAACGAGAUAUCCCGCAAGCGGAUGAAGAAGCUGCGUAGACGCCAGCGCAGACCCAACAAAACGGAGACCCAGAUCCAACUGCGCCACGAGCGACGCCUGGAAUAUUGCACGGAAUGCGCCAAUCCCCAGGGAUCCAAGUGCGAGUUCCAGUUGUGCCGCGUCUGCUGCAAGGACCGAUGCUACAGCACCAAUUGCGACUGUCCCGGCCACGGAAUACUGAUAAAGUCCCGGCGAGCCAAAGCCAAGCAGUUCGAGGAGCAUUCCGCACAGCCAGCACCACCCACAGCCGUUGCGCAAGACCCACUUUGACCCUAACCUUUCACAUUGACGCCUCUUAUUUGUGUUCCCAUUAAAUAAGCAGAAAAAACAGUUUAAA